AUGGCCCCGGGGCCGGCGCCCGGUUCCCCCUCCGCGAGCCGGCACCUUGGCACGCCGUCGGGCCCCAGGUUCUCCAGCGCCUCAACGGAAACCAAGGAAGUCCGCGGCCAGGGCCGCCAGGUGCAGACGCUGAUGGUGCACCGCAUCGAUCUUAGCUUCCGAUGCUUUUUGCAGCAUCAGUCUCGGAUUCAGGUGUGGCUUUAUGAGCAAGUGAGUAUGCGGAUAGAGGGCUGUACCAUUGGUUUUGAUGAGUAUAUGAACCUCGUAUUAGAUGGUGCAGAAGAGAUUCAUUCUAAAACAAAGUCAAGAAAACGACUGAGUCGGAUCAAGCUAAAAGGAGAUAAAAUUACUCUGCUCGAAAGUGUCUCCAACUAGAAAUGAUCAAUGAAGUGAGAAAUUGUUGAGAAGGCGAUACAGUUUUUUUAGGUGUCCUUUGUUAGAAGUGUAGUUCUAAAGCAUUUAUUCAUAUUGUUUUGCUCACCUUUAUGUUAUUACCAGAUGACAAUAAAUGCGGUGGGAUUGUUUUUAUUAAAAUAUUUACAUUGUUUCCUUCUUCAUAAAAAAAAAAAAAAAAAAAAAAAACCAAGCUUUUUAUUCUGAAGGGGGAGAAAACCCACCCCCAGCAAUCACCACUGACACUGUUGUCCCACCCAUGGGCUGAGAUACUAUUAAAUUGUGCUGAUUCUAGAGACACUCAUCUGG